AUGGCGGCUUUGGCAGCCGUGGGCAGGGCGCUGCGGCUCGGCCUUGGGCUCUAGCGUGGGCCCUCAGGUGACGGGUGGUCAAAGCGGCGCGGCCAGUCCUUGUAGGGUGCAAGGCCCUCUCACUGCUGCUCUGAGACCUCGCCGCCUCCCCAGCCCUGCCCCGGGGCGGAGCCGCUGGAAGGUCAGGCCCGGCCGCCACGCCCCGUCCCUCCUCGCCUCGGGGCGGUCUCUGUGCUUGGCGGACUUCAGCCACGUGCCACUUCCAUGGCGGCCUCACAGCUCCCGGGGGAGAAGAUUAACGUUGUAGCGGGAGAGACAGCCAAGACCGGGGAUAAGGAUCUUUUGGGAAACGACUGUCCGGAGCAGGACAGGAUCCCCCAGCGCUCCUGGAGGCAGAAGUGCGCCUCCUACGUGCUGGCGUUGAGGCCCUGGAGCUUCAGUGCCUCCCUUACGCCGGUAGCUCUGGGCAGUGCUCUGGCCUACAGAUUCCAGGGCGUCUUGGAUCUAAGGCUGUUGGUGGGUUGUGCCAUCGCGGUCCUGGCCGUGCACGGGGCCGGCAAUUUGGUCAACACUUACUAUGACUUUUCCAAGGGCAUUGACCACAAAAAGAGUGAUGACAGGACCCUCGUGGACCGAAUCUUGGAGCCCCAGGAUGUUGUCCGCUUUGGAGUCUUCCUCUACACCUUGGGCUGUGUCUGUGCCGCUUGUCUCUACUACCUGUCCCCUCUGAAACUGGAGCACUUGGCUCUCAUUUACUUUGGAGGCUUGUCUGGCUCCUUUCUCUACACAGGAGGGAUUGGAUUCAAGUACGUGGCUCUGGGAGACCUGAUCAUCCUCAUCACUUUUGGCCCUUUGGCUGUGAUGUUUGCCUACGCCGUCCAAGUGGGGUCCCUGGCCGUCUUCCCCCUGGUCUACGCCAUCCCCCUUGCCCUAAGCACCGAGGCCAUUCUCCAUUCCAACAACACCAGGGACAUGGAGUCCGAUCGGGAGGCUGGCAUUGUCACACUUGCCAUCCUCAUUGGCCCCACCUUCUCCUACGUGCUCUACAACACACUGCUCUUCCUGCCCUACCUGGUCUUCAGCAUCCUGGCCACGCACUGCAGCAUCAGCCUGGCGCUUCCCCUGCUCACCAUUCCCAUGGCCUUUUCCCUCGAGAGACAGUUCCGAAGCCAAGCUUUCAACAAGCUGCCCCAGAGGACGGCCAAGCUCAACCUCCUGCUGGGACUUUUCUACGUGUUUGGCAUCAUUCUGGCACCAGCGGGCAGUCUGCCCAAACUUUAAGGGCACUAGCAGCUCCCCCCACCACAUGACCCCCUUUCUUACAUUGUGUGGAAGUCAGAGCAUCUGCAAAGGGAAUGUGCUUUGACAGUGAGUGUACAAGCAUGGGUGUAAACUCCCACCUUUUUAUUAUUAUUAUUAUUAUGUUCUUAAAGAUAGUCUGGUUUUUUUUUGUUUGUUUGUUUGUUUUUCUUCUUCUAUUUUAUGGGGAAUCUUGAAACCACUCUGAUAUUAGAAGAAGGUGAAUUGGACACAUGGCCCUUGUUUUAUUUAUAAUUUCCUCUAGAGGGUGUUGUCAGGUCACUUUAUAAUGGAAUUGGCCGAGUUCCUCCUUGUUCCAUGCAAAAUGGCCUAAGGCUUUAGAAUGAGCUGCCCGGUUGGCCUUCCAUCCUGAAAGAGCCACUAUAACUAGGCAGAGUGUUGUCCUGUCAUCUUGAUCUUGUAAGAUACGGUCCUGAUUGAUGCCAGGCCCCGUUAAUAUGGGGAACGCCUGUCUCAUGCUCAGCACUGUUGUCCUAAAGUGUGCUGCUUGAGAGAGGCAGUUCCUCAUUAACAGUGAUCCUCGUACGGUUCCCGGCUUUUUGCCUAAAUUGUGACUCAGGCACUUUUGUUCUUUGUCUCUCCUUUCACUUAUUGCUACAGUUGAGGAAAAGAGGAAAAGCAUCUGUCACCCUGCAGCAAGACAAUCAAGCUCAGGAUUGGGAGGCAUAAAAACCCCACCUUAAAGGCAACUGAGAAAACCACUAUGCUGCUGGAUAGAAAUUAGUAGGGUGGCUGUUUGCCUCUUGUAGAAUCUGCUAGAAUGACAGGAAGGACUCCUAGCCCUUUCAGUAACUUAUCAGGAGCCCUGGAAUUGUAGAGGCACUGCCGGUCUUGCAGGCUGUUUAAAACCCACCAGGCUUUUUCCUCCCUAUUGCCUCUCCUAAAGCUCCCCUAUUCCCAUACCCUGUCUCUAUCAGGCUCCCAUUUGUGUGUUUCCCAUCUGUGGAGCCAGACUGUUUGGACAAUAGCGUAGCAACUGAGUCACGGACAGUUGCCACUUUCCACAGAGCCACAGGAUGGGCAGAGCAGGGGCCCAAUGAAUUUACAAAUCAAUGGAUGACAAUCCUGGGCCCUGUCCAGCCAGAAUGACAGGCCCUGCCAUUGAAGGAACUGUCUCUUCAUCCCUGAAGACAGACAUGCAAUAUGGACCCUGCCUCCCCUGGCUUCUGUUGCCCUGUGAGGAGAUAGUUGAGGGCGCCAGUGAGGUCACACCAGGUGGAGGGAUUCCAGUGUUGACCGUAGCUGCUUUUCAUUGCAUUGCCUGUGAAGUGUAGUUUCUGGGCUAGAACUGUUCAGUUACAUUUGGUCUAAGACUGAGAUAGAUUGAGACCAUCAUCAUUGUACUUUUCUGUUGUGAUUAUAGAUAGCUGUUCUGGUAGGUAUUUCAAGGUUUGGGCCUGCAGAAAAUCAUGUAAGAACAGUUCUUAAUCCUUCAGACUAAUUAUGAUUUUGCUCCUUGAGUUAGAAUUGGUCAGCUUAUCUGGAAAAAAUGUACUUGGAAAUUGCAGAAGUUCCUCUAAAGGUAGAGGUGAUUUUUCUACCAGAGAGCCAGAAUUGAGCAGUGGUCAGAGCCCAAGGAACAAGGGAAGGAUGACCCUUCUCUCCUGCUGUCUUCCUAGCACCAUUUUUGUUUCAUGCCAGACUUGUGGCAUUUUGGUGCUCACAGGGGUCCUGCCUUCAGGGAAGCUCUUCUCACCUCUCCUUGGAGCAGGCCAUUCUCAGUAGGGCUCACCCCUGAGGCUGGCGGACCAAUGGCUUCCUGCAGCCACAAAUCAGACCUGCCUUUGUGGCCACUCCCAUUGGGGUUGUCAGCUGCUGCAGUUAGCUCUGGUGCAGGUUUUAAUGCAUAUUUUUAUAUAUAAAUGUUCCCAAAAGGCCAAAUUUGGUGCCAGGUUUUAUAUGCAGGUCACCAUAAUUUGUAUUAUGUCCCCUAGUUCAAUGAAGCUUUUCUUUAGACUUGUUAAUUAAAAAAGAAAAUGUUCA